AUGAAAAAUUGGAAAAUAAGGAAACUGCUAGAUGUGGUAAGUAUAGCGCAUGUUUUCUUUAUCGAAAAGUGCGGAGGAAGUAGAAAUGCUCUUUCGUAUGGGGAUAUAGCAGUGGAGAAGAAGGGCUUAGAUCUUGAUUGGUUUGUGCCAGAUAUGAGAGGUAGUAAUAUAUGGAACCUGUCAAAAUCGAUAGAAGAGUUCAGGGAUACAUACACUCUGCCUCUGCUGCCCACAGAAGAGAAUGCUGCAUCUGCCAUCCUUUCUACCUGUAUCAAGACAAAUAAUGGCGCUAAACCAAAUAUAGGAGAAAAAAGAAGAGCAGAAAGUACGAGUGACUCCGACGCAUCCAACUCUCAGCCAGCGCGAAAGAAUAGGAAAAAAGAAGUGGCUCAAAACCAGCAUCCGCAAAUGCCUAAAAGCCCAUCCAAGAAAGGAGAAAAAAUAGAGAACUUCAACAUCAAGCUAUGGAACACGAUAAGACUCACAAACAAAAGAAGGUCAAAUUACAACACACACCACCAAACAGUGUACAGAUUUAAUUUUUAUAACUUUUGUGACUACAUGGCCUACGAAAUCAUGAAGGACUCCUACCAACAAAAGAUCAGAAAAAGCAUAAAAAACUUCUCUGAAAAAAUUGCCUUUCUAAUAGAACGGAAUGCGCUAUGGUGCUUCAUUGCAGGAAGAAGCACGAACGUAAUCACAAAAAACAAAGAUCUCUUGGGGCUGCAAAGUCUGUUUAAAGAUGAGAAAGAUGCGUGCAGAAAAUUGGUGGAGGGUUUCAAGGGAUACUAUCCCGGUGUGUUCAAAGACAUGCUAGCAUAUAUGGAAAAGCACAAGCCGCUGAGAGCUAUAAAAAGCUUCCCAACAACUGUGUGGGAUGAAAAGCUGGGUGAUAUCUAUAUGCGGAAAAACCUGGACUUAAACUAUGGGGUGCUGGAAGACCAGAAAAAGAUCAGCCAGAUAGACGAAAAGUAUUCUGCACUAGCCUAUGCAGUGCACAUGGUUCUUGCGCUCCCUGAAAUGCACCAAGACUUUUUCUGGGUUGGCAUAGACCACAUACAAAAUAGCAAAAUAUUCCAAGACUCUUUUAGAAAUAAACAGGCCCAACAGGUUCUGCUGUCUCUAUGCACAUUGGCAAGAGAGCCUUCAGAUGAUCCCACAAAAAAAGAAAAUGAGUAUAAAAAUAUUCACAUAGCUCUCCAGAAUGUAUAUGCGAAAGAUGCACAGCAUAAGCCAACAGUGUUUGAGCUGUAUAGAGAUAUAUACAUGAUUCUUGCAGAUUUCUAUGAGAACGCAGCAGUCUUCGAUAGUAAAAGCUACGUCUUGUUGGGCAAGUGUGUUAUAAAACAUCAAAGAUAUGUUAGAUACGAGAUGAUCUAUGGAUUUGAGCCAGAUAGCUCUUCUAUACAGAACUACGGAUACACAUAUUCAUUUGAGAUAGAUAGAUGGGAUGUUUCCCCAGAUGUAAAACCGCACUAUCACGUGUUCUAUGUGGACAACACAAUGCAUCAGCUCAGAAGAGUGUGCAUGCCCAUAUACAAAAAAGACGGCAGCAAUGAAGAGCACUAUUUACACACAGUUGAUGGCAUAGUAGAGUAUAUAAAAAAGCUGUAUGAAAUAGAGACAGACAUUGUGCACCCAUUCAAAGUAAGAAAAAGAACGAAAGAAUGGUCGUACAUCAGGAAAGAUGAAAGAAAGCUGACAGCAAAAGAACUAGCAGCAUACGAGCUAGUGUUCUACCGCAUUGACGAAGAUUUAGAAAAAACAAAGUUUACAUUUGCAGAGUUUAGGCCUUUUAUCCAGCAAAGCAAGAAUACCAUUAGAAUACCGCUGUUUCUUACGCGUUUGAUGGUGGAUGCAGUGGACUUAGGCCCUUUUGUUAAGGAGAAUGCGCAUGCAGAGAUAGAUGCAGAAAUAGAGCUUGAUCGCAUGGUUCCCAAUGUGUACACGUUUGACAGUAAGUACAAAAAGAAGGAAUACUCGAAUUUGCACAAAUACUACAGCAAUUUAUACAUCCUACCAGAUGAAGAGAAGAGGGAAAAUCUUGAUUGCUACAUCAUGGAUUAUCAAGCAAGCGAAGAAGGAAAGAUCAUCAAAGCAGCGUGGAGUGUGGAUAUAACAAAGGGCGUAAAUGUGUAUACACACUGUGCACCGAGUGAAAAGUUCAGAGGGAAAGAAAAUUUAGGAAAGCUUAAUCAUUUUAUCAAUGUAAUAGGCUCGAGGAAGCAUAGAAAUGACAGCACUCUGCAGGGCAUCUGGCUAAGAAAUAAUAAUACAGGAGACAGAAAGACAAAAAGCCAGGCAGAGAAAAUCUACACGUGGAUAGUGAAAGACCAGGGAGAUAAGAUCAAGAAGGACAAAGAUGAAGUUAUGGAAAAAAUAAGAGAAGCAGAUAAGAAGUUUAGAGAAGCAGAUGAAAGAUACAGAAAAGCAAGCGAAAAGCUAGAUGCUUUAAAGAUAUCAGGUAAUAAAAAGGAGAUAGCAGAGGAAGCAGGCGAAAAGAAGGCAGCAUCUGAUGCAAAAUCCUAUAUGAAGAGAAGCUUAGAAGCUUUAUCGAAAGAGCUGGAUGAAGCAGUGUCUGAAAAGCCUGACAAGCACGUAGAGCUUAUAGUGUUCCAAAAUGUGAACAGCAGCAAGUCCAGCUUAGGAGCACACAACGAAGUUCUCGAUGUUUUGAUUUCGCGCUAUAACCAGUAA